CUGAUUCACACCUUGCUUCCUGUACACAUCAGGACGUUGCUAAAGAAAACCAAAACUUAUCAGCUUUGACUUUUUUUCAAGGAUAUCUAUAUUUUCUUUCUUGGUUGGAGUGAUUUCCAAGAGCAUGAGUAGCAUGGAGAUGCUGACUGUCCCACAGCUUAGUAAUGAGAUGCAGCUGAAAAUUAUGCACAUGGUGAAGAAUGGAGAGCUGAGCAUCGAAGACGCUCUGCACCAGGCCAGAAGAGACAAACUGCAGCUGCUCCAGAGGAAUUUCGAUUUAGAGGAAAAACAAGCGACGCAGUACAACUUCAGCGUGCACAAACUCAAUGCUUACAGAUGGCAAAAAAGGGUAUUCCAGAUUGAUUUCAGCACAAAGAUGGUUUGCAGUAUCGAGAAAGGCAUUGUGAAGAGGCAGCUUCCUUUUGCGGACAUUAAAAACUGCAAUGAUUCUCCAGGGACCAGGAUUACAGUGUUUUUCAAGAACCACCAUGAAUAUGAGCUGGAAGCUACGUCUUCACAGGACAAGCAAAAAAUGCUGGAACUGAUCAACCAGAUAAUCUACAGGAAUACAGAACCUGAAGAUAUUUAUGCGAAGCCUAAAGAACCACAGGCGUCCCCGAAAGGGCUUCGCAAGGGCCAGCUGCUUCUGCAGCGAGGAGGGCUAGCAUCGUUCAAAUGGAAGACGUAUGAGGCACAUCUCCACACAGGGCACCUGACCCUGCUCUCGACAGGACAUUGCCGGUAUGAGGAUGAAGCAGACGAGCCCGUGUCUUCUAACCUUCCAAUCAUCAUUCAUUUCUCUGAUGGGAAUGCCAGUGUAAAGAGCGAUUGCACGAGUGAUUCUCUAUUUGUGCUACUCACUAACAAUAAUGUGUUGCAUUUCCGGAUUCCAGCAAAUGGACAGAUGAGUCCAGAGGUCAUUAGGAGCGAACGGGACGCUUGGGUUCAAGCUAUUGACAGUUUAUGUAUGGAAUGGAAACACAAAUCUCAGCAUGAGAAUGUGUAUGAAGAGCUCAGUGAAUCUGGCAAGAUUUUAGAAACCAUUAAAGAGCACCAGUCUGAAAGUGAGAGAGAACCAGAGACUGACAGAGUGCAGAAUGAUUGUGAAUCUGUGUUAGUAAAGCCUUUACCAAGACAUCAUAUGAAAGUACCUGUUCUAUUGCCGGGGCCAAUAAUCGCACCGGUGCAACUUCCUGACCUGAAGCCAGAGCAGGUGCCUGAGAUAAGGCAACUAUCCAUACAAGUAAAAAUGCCAGGGCCAGAGCCAGAGCCACAACUCGCAACUGUGACAUCAAGUGUGUCUACUUCAGGCCUGACUCCUCCUCCUCCUCCUCCCCUGCCCCCUCCUCUGCCCAUAAACAACAAGCCGAAAACACUGACAGAGAGAACCAAGGCCUUUCACUGGGAUGUCAUUUCACAAGACAAGCUUGCAAAGUCAUUGUGGGUGCGGGGAAGUCCUCGAGAAAUUGAAAUCGACACGUCGCGUCUUCAUGAGAAGUUCGGCGUCAAAGACUCGGGGCCCCUUUCUAACGUAGAGCCCGUCAGUCAAAUCCUGCUGAACGCGAAAGUCGCGCACAACUUCAAUAUUUUCCUUAAAAGUUUCCCAGUGCAGCCUAAAGAACUCAAGGACAAAUUGUUCAUUGUUGAUGAGGCUGAAGGAGGCCUCUCUGAUGAACACAUUGCUUCUCUCAGGAGGUAUGUGCCCACUGCGGAUGAUAUAGAGAUGUACAAGUCCUAUAAAGGAGAUGUGAGCGAACUGCACAUGGUUGAUCAAUUCAUGAUGGAGUUGUGUAACAUUCCAUACCUGAGCACUCAACUGGACCUUCUGCUAACUCUCAGAGAACUGCCCAUCAGCAUCGAAGACCUGGCACCGCUGAUUAACCAGAAGAUUGUCAUGUGUCGUCAGCUGUGGUUCUGCGAAUCGUUCGUGUCCGUGCUUGAGUACCUGCUGACCAUCGGCAAUUACCUCAACCAGAAUGCCGGCAAAGAAAAGGCCAAGGGAUUCCGUCUCUCCUCCUUAACGAAGCUCUCACAAGUGCGUGGGAAUGAGAAGAAGUUCACCUUGCUGCAUGCCCUUGUGGAGCAGAUCAUGUUGCACGAGCCCCGGUUGGCCACGUUUUUUCAGGAGUUGACGGAAUUUGAGACUGUCCCUGGGGCAUCAAUUAAAGGCCUAACAGCUGAAGUGGAUGUUGUGAAGAAUGAGCUACGGAAGGUCAUUCAGUACAAGAAAACAUACAAGUGGAAAAACUUGGGAUCCCAGUACUCCAAAUUCUCAACUGACUUGAAGAUGGCCAUUGAGAAGUAUGAGGCCCAUCUCAGCCAGCUGACGAAGAGGUGCGCUGAGAUGAGGAAACUCUACGCUGACAUAUUGGUGAAAUUUGGAGAGCCCUUGGAUCAGGAUUCUCAAGAAAUGUUCGGCUGGGUUUGCCAGUUUAUCAACGAAUUUAAACGGAUCCAUGCAGAAUUCACAUGCUGAGUCUUGCCUUGCGUGUCUGUCGGUGUAUAUGUGCAGAAAAGUCUGUGGUUGUGUUUGUGUGUGUGUGUGUAUUUAUAAGUGUGUGCUUUUGUGUAUAUUGUGUAUGCCUGGCCUAGCCUCUCAAGCAUAUCAUAGAAGAUGUGUCGAUCCAAAGACCAUUUGAAUGUCAGUCUAAACUGAAGAGCAAGGUUUUCGGUGAGCAGCCUAAUCCAAGGGUUUAAUGAAGGAUUUGCUGGAUCUAUUGCCGAUCCGGUGUUUACUUUGAUUAAAAGUCUUGGGCAGAUUUACUGAAAGCUGAAAGCAGCUCUCCCUCACUCCAGUCCAUAACAAAGAACACUGCUGGAUGCACUGCUAGCUCAGGAGAAACUGCUCGGUUGGAAGCCGAUAUAGAUCGGCUGUUACUUUUUUGGAGAGCUCUUUCAAUGGAACUUACUGGGCUGGAGAUGACAAACGGGGGCUGCCAAGUUACCAGCGGCCACACAGCUGCCCGAGAAAGAAGGGAGGGCAACAGUGGCCAGAGCCAGCUGAACCCCCGACACACGUUUCACCAGACACUCCAACACGUAGACUUCACUGGACUGCUUUUGUUCCUCCCCUUUCAUUUAAAAAUUAGCUUUGCAGAUAAGCCAUGCUUUAGAUUGAUUUUUCUUUGUGACUUGAGGGAGCACAGGGCUCUAUGUGUCUUACAUUUUAAGCAGGCAUCAAGAGGCCGGCAGAUGUGUCCUUGAUUUUAAAAAGCGAAAUAUUUCGAAAUAAUGGAAGUCUAGGCAGCUCAUUGCUCACGUGUGCCACACCGCAGUAUUUCAGCUAAAUCGAUUGCCAUUGGAAAUAAAUAAAUAAAAAAAUGCAUGGGAACAGGUCAAAGAUAAUAAAAAAGAUAGGGUUGGUAAUUCAAAGUGAGAAAGGCAAGAGAGAAAAGUGUGAUUUCAGGCAAUGUGCAUAGUACAGUGCAACAAUAAAACGGCACUGAUUAAAUUGAUGUAAUGUUUUUAUUGCAUAUGUCCCUGGGAUGUCUGCAGGCACUGGAGGAGUUUUAUAAUACUCAAAUAAUCAUCUCUGUCUGGCUGACAAAAAUCCAUCCUUUCUACGCUGUAGGUGUGCAAUCUGAAAUGUCACAAUAACAUGGCAGAAAGUUAAACCUGAAACUGAUCCAAUAAGCAUUAUUUAACUACGCUGCAUCUGAUCCCAGGCUGAAAGAACAGAGGACAGGGGAUGGGGGAAAGGUUAGCACUUUUUUGUCUAUAGAGGCAGGACAUAUAACACAGUCAAGCUAAUAUUUAAAUGAAGUCAACUGAAACAAGUUGUCAGUGGGCUUACAUAUAGAUUUAACCUUAUACCUUUAAUAUAUAUAUAUAUAUAUAUAUAUAUAUAUAUAUAUAUAUAUAUAUAUAUAUAUAUAUAUAUAUAUAUAUAUAUAUAUCUAUGCAGUAAUCAGUGCCGUUUGUGUCUAUGAAAAGUCACAUAGAUAUUUUCAGACUAACAAAGUACAUUUGUCUGCUUUCAAGUCUACUAGCUGACUCAUACAUUCACUAGUCGGCUUGUCAGCUGUGAGGCAGCCAGUAGGGAAACAAAGGCAGACAGCAGCUAUAUAUAUACUUUGGUCAUCUGUAAAGAUCUCAAACUAGAUGAAUUCUAUAGUCACCUGCCCAUUGUGUAAGACUGUGCUUUUUUUUGUUUCUUUUUUUUUUUUUUUACUUAAAUGUAACAUUCACACUCUUUCAUAUUACUUUGCAUGAAGUGUAAUUUCUUUCAACCCUAAUCUCAAGUUCCUGAAGGAAGUCUUCUUUCAGUUUGUUGUUCUUUAAAGCCAAAUAAAAUGUAAAGAAAA